AUGGGUCGGUACUGUGGGCAGAAAUGUCCUCAAGGUCGCUUUGGACACAACUGCACUCAGGAAUGUGACUGUCAUCAGGCCACUGGCUGUAACGCGUCAACUGGGGAUUGUGAAUGUCUUGCCGGUUUCACAGGGAAAAAAUGCGAUGAACAGUGCCAGGCAGGGUACUUUGGUGAGAACUGUAGCCAAGUCUGCAACUGCAACCAACUUACGACAGCCAAUUGCAAUCACAUCACCGGAGAAUGCUCAUGUAUAUCUGGAUGGACAGGCGCUCGAUGUGAGACUCAAUGUCCAACCAUGAAAUGGGGUCAAAACUGCCAACGAGAUUGUAUGUGCAUGAACAACAAUACUUGCCACCAUCUGACAGGCAAGUGCAUUUGCAGCAGAGGAUGGACUGGUCCCGAUUGCUCACACAAAUGUCCUUUUGGAACUUUUGGCCAGAACUGUGAAGAACAAUGCCCCUUCUGUGCGCACGGGGAAGGCACCUGCAACCACAUCACGGGCCAUUGCAACUGCGCACCUGGAUACAUGGGCAGCAGAUGCGAGAUAACCUGCAUGAAUGGCACCUAUGGUUUCUACUGCCGACAAACGUGCAAAUGCACGAACGGAGCCACGUGCCAGCCAAACAACGGUGUAUGUCGAUGCCUGCCUGGGUUUAUGGGUCCCAGAUGCGAUGAAGUUUGUCCAGUUGGGUUUUAUGGAGAUCACUGUAUGGAAGUUUGCAAUUGCGCAAAGAACCAACACUGUGACCCCGAAAGAGGUUGCAUCUCCGAAAUUUCACUGACAGGUAACUACAUCGAUGAUUUUAUUAACCCCUUCUUCAUUGCUGGAGUAACUUUCGCCGUCUGCCUUCUGAUUAUAUUCGUCAUUUGCAUGGCCGUGAAAUACAAGAGGAAGAUGGAAGAAAUACGCACAGAUAUCAGUAUUGUGUACAGAGGAGCAGAAGAACGUACGAGUGACUCAAUAGAUGAUGUUCAGAAUUUCAACAACCCGAUCUACUCGAGCCACCCUUGGAUGGACGAUACUACACAGAACAAUAUGGCCCACAGCAUCGAGAACUCCAACUUUGACUACGAAAAAUCAAACCUGAGGGACAUCUUUCCUCCCAAUAAAGAUACCGAUAGUGAGACUGAGCAAGGUACAAGCUGCGCUUCAGGCUAUAGCAGUCUGAACUCUGCUCAAGAAUUUUCCUAUAAUGGCAACAUAUUCGAUACAGAGAGGGCCAACAAGAGUGUGGUUAAGCCACAAAUAGGUCAACAAGAGGAGGAGGUGGAUUCCAAAAGUAUGAAUUGA